AUGGGCCUGUUUUCGAGGAGGGGUCCCAAGGCGGCCGAUGAUUCGCAACCAUCGCUCGCGUCCUCACACUCAAAGGCAUCGCUCAAUUCGGGUUCCUCGAGCAUCGUCAGCCCAAUCAACACAAACACCCGCGGUGUCAAUCGUACUUCGGCCGGUACCACAAGCACCACGGGCCCAGGAACCCCGCUGACGCCCUUUUCGCCGGGGCCCAACUCAAUCAUGGCACGAAUGGACAUUCCGAGGCCACCAGACCCGCAACUCGAUCCCGCCGGCUACUUGCGCAGCCUGGCUGCGGUACGCGAACGGUGCAAGAUCGUGACGGCCAAGGCACAAAGAAAUGACCUGAAGCAUUUUGACGUGGAUAUGAACAAGUUCCCAGAUGUUGUAACCUUUGUUGCAAACAUCAUCAAGCGAGACUAUGAUGCGCCCUUCACAAGCAUCCCUCCCCACGGCCGCUAUCAGCACUUUGGUGUCGGCGGCCGCGACAGGAUCGCCCACCUGUUGGCGACUUGGCCCGAGGACAUUGACAACACAGAAAAGUGCAAGCGCAUAAUCGACCUCUUCCUCGUCAGUGUGCUCCUGGAUGCGGGUGCUGGCACCGAAUGGAGUUACAAGAGCCCAGAAAACGGACGGGUCUACCGCCGGUCAGAGGGCAUCGCUGUUGCGUCGCUGGAUAUGUUCAAAACAGGCCUGUUCUCUGGCAACCCGAACAACAAAUACCAAGUAGAUAAGCAGGGUCUCAGGCAGUUAACUGUAGAAAAGCUCGCCCACGGCCUCCAGUCACGACCGGGGAAUGAGAUGGCUGGUCUGGAAGGGAGAUCGCAGCUGCUCAUUCGUCUCGCUACCGCGCUUGAGCAAAGCAAGGAGUACUUUGGCGAGGACGGCCGGCCCGGUAACAUGCUCGACCAUAUUCUCUCCCACCCAUCAACGCAGGCUGCGAGCGUCAUAAUCGUGCCCUUACCGGUUCUCUGGAACGUGCUCAUGAACGGCCUCGCCCCGAUCUGGCCCCCCUCAAGAACCGCAGUCAAUGGAGUCUCCCUGGGCGACGCCUGGCCCUGCAGCUCGAUGCCGCAACCGGCGCAGUCACCCACCAGCCCCACAUUUUCCCCGUUCCCCAACUCGACAGGCCAAUUCAACGGCGUCGCGCCCUGGGAGAGCAUCCUCCCGUUCCACAAACUCACCCAGUGGCUCACCUACUCCCUGAUGCAGCCCAUGCAGAGCAUCAUGAAGAUCCAGUUCGCCGGCCAGGAGCUGCUCACGGGCCUGCCCGAGUACCGCAACGGCGGGCUGUUUAUCGAUCUCGGCGUGCUGACGCUCAAGCCGCAUGAUCAGGAGCGGGGGCUGCAGAACUAUGCUAGGUACUGCCAGCGCACGGGGACCAAGAAUGUGGAGGUAGCGCCCAUGUUUGAGCCCGGCGACGAUGUGAUUGUCGAGUGGAGGGGGGUUACGGUCGGGUUUCUGGAUCUGCUGUGCAUCGAGGUCAACAAGGCGUUGAUGAAUGAGCUGGCUGGCCAUGAGUUGAGUCUGGCGCAAAUAUUGGAGGCUGGUAGUUGGAAGGGAGGGCGAGAAAUUGCAGAAGUCAGCCGACCAAACACCAAGGAACCGCCAAUCUUAAUUGACAGCGACGGGACAGUGUUUUAG